CAGCGUGACGUCACGGCGAGGUUUAUUUUAAGAGAUGUGAAAACAAGAACAAACACGUAGUAAACCGCGCCGACGAGACACGAGGACUCACCGACCCGUCUAACCCAGGAGUAACCCAGAUUUCUGAUCUCGUAUCGCAGCAUUAUAAUAAUAACAGCGCGUCUGUCUGAGCGGCAAACACACUGAGGAUGCCUGAGUGACAGAUCUGAGGAAACAUCGCGCUCAAUCUCUGACUGAAACGCACGGAGGAUUUACUCGGUAGAAGUCAUUUCUAGCAGUGCCUCUGUUAUUCCCUCCAUCGCCAGCGACCCAAUGAAGGAGCCGGACGCCAUCAAACUCUUCAUCGGGCAGAUCCCGCGAAACCUGGAGGAAAAGGACCUGAAGCCCAUCUUCGAGCAGUACGGCAAGAUCUACGAGCUGACUGUGAUCAAGGACAAGUACACGGGCAUGCACAAAGGAUGCGCCUUUCUGACAUAUUGUGCACGAGAGUCAGCCGUCAAAGCGCAGAGUGCUCUUCAUGAACAGAAAACACUGCCAGGGAUGAACCGACCCAUCCAGGUGAAGCCUGCAGACAGUGAAGGGAGAGGAGAGGACAGAAAGCUGUUUGUGGGCAUGUUGGGAAAGCAGCAGUCGGAUGAAGACGUGAGGAAGAUUUUCGAGCCGUUCGGCGGUAUUGAUGAGUGUACGGUGCUUAGAGGACCUGACGGCACCAGCAAAGGCUGUGCGUUUGUGAAGUUUCAGAGUCACUCAGAAGCUCAAUCUGCCAUCAACAGUCUGCACGGGAGCCGGACUCUACCUGGCGCCUCCUCCAGUCUGGUGGUGAAGUUUGCAGACACAGAGAAGGAGCGCGGUGUGCGGCGCAUGCAACAGGUCACAUCACAGCUCGGCGUCUACACUCCAGUGACGCUCAACUUCAAUGCUUAUAAUGCCUACACACAAGCGCUGGUCCAGCAGCAGGCUCUGGUAGCCCAGGCUCAGUAUCUGUCUCCCGCAGCAUCAAUGCAGAUCCAGCAGAUGGCAGCACUCAACGCCAGCGGCAUCAUUGCUACACCCAUCACACCUCCAUCCGGUGCAAACACUCCACCCACUCUUGCAGCCACGCCCGUGUCAGCUCUGCCUCAACCAAUCGCAGUGAACGGCUACAGUCACUUACCACCAACAACCAAUGGACAGCCAGCGUCAGAAAUCUACACCAAUGGCCUUCAUCCAUAUCAAGCCCAGAGUCCAGUGGCGGCGUUAGACCCGCUCCAACAGGCCUACGCAGGCAUGCAGCAUUACACAGCUGCUUACCCGACAGCAUAUGGACUGGUGAGCCCUCAGUUCCUCCAGCAGCCCACACUGAUCAGCCAACAGCAGCUGCAGAGAGAAGGUCCUGAGGGCUGUAAUGUCUUCAUUUACCAUUUACCUCAAGAGUUCACUGACUCAGAAAUGCUCCAGAUGUUUCUGCCUUUCGGCAACGUCAUUUCUGCUAAAGUGUUUGUGGAUCGGGCAACCAAUCAAAGCAAGUGCUUCGGCUUUGUGAGCUUUGAUAAUCCAGCGAGUGCUCAGACGGCCAUCCAGGCCAUGAACGGCUUUCAGAUCGGCAUGAAGAGGCUCAAAGUGCAGCUGAAGAGGCCCAAAGAUGCCAACAGGCCCUACUGAGAUUGACACAGGAUGAAGAUUAUUGAAGAGCGACUGAUUCAAUCAUGAGAUGUUUGUCAUCUUGCACACUUCAGAGUGUGUGUGUGUGUGAGUGUGUGUGUAUGCAAAUGACCAAUUUUAAAAGUACAUAAAGCACAUGCCAAUAGUAUUAGCAACUAAAAACACUAUAUUAUGUGGACCACUGAAGCACGAAAACAGUCUAAUUUUUCAUAAUAAACAGAUAAGAAUAAUAAAUAACUAAAAAAAAAAAGAGCAGCUACAAUGAAUGACAUUAUCAGGUCACAAUAAAUGAGCUCAAUGUAAACGUUUGCUCACAAAACGAAUGAUAUUGCAGUAUUAACCCUUUCAGGGUCAAAUUAAAUUUUAGAAACAGGCAAAAUCUAUGCUUUUAACUGUUGCAAAUCAGCAACGCCUGCCUUGAGAGGGUUAAAAUCUAAGGAUUUCUACUGUUUCAUUGUAAAUGGGCUGUAUGGGGGGGGGGGGGCAGGUUUUAAUAUUGUUGCUUUUAAUUGAUCGGUUUGUUCAUAUUUGAGGAAUAAGCACGCUCUCUUGCUUUUCAUGUUUUAAGAGAUGCGCAUUAUUAAGCAAUUAUUGAACUUUGUAACUUAUUGAAAAAUGAAUUUCAGUGUUGAUAUUUAUGUCUUUUUUGAUCAAAUGUUUGUUUCUAAUUUAAAGAAAAUAAAGGUGUUAAUAAAAGAG